AUGUCUGACCUCGCGAACCGCAAGGUGUUCAAGGUGUUCAACCAGGAGUUUAUUGUCGACGAGCGAUACAAUGUGACCAAGGAGUUGGGCCAGGGCGCCUACGGCAUCGUCUGCGCGGCUACCAACAACCAGACGGGCGAGGGCGUGGCCAUCAAGAAGGUCACCAACGUCUUCAGCAAGAAGAUCCUGGCCAAGCGCGCACUGCGCGAGAUCAAGCUGCUGCAACACUUUCGAGGCAAGACACCGCAAUGUAGGACAGCCCCGCCGCGAUAUCCCAUUACAUGUCUCUAUGACAUGGACAUUCCCCGCCCGGACAACUUCAACGAAUGCUACCUCUAUGAAGAGCUCAUGGAAUGCGAUCUGGCGGCUAUCAUCCGCUCUGGUCAGCCGCUCACAGAUGCCCACUUCCAGUCGUUCAUUUACCAGAUCCUCUGCGGUUUGAAGUACAUUCACUCGGCCAACGUCCUCCACCGCGAUCUCAAGCCCGGUAACCUUCUCGUCAACGCUGACUGCGAGCUCAAGAUCUGCGAUUUUGGACUGGCCAGAGGCUUUUCGAUGGAUCCUGAAGAGAAUGCAGGAUACAUGACGGAGUACGUCGCUACCCGCUGGUACAGAGCUCCGGAGAUUAUGUUGAGCUUCCAGAGUUACACCAAAGCCAUCGACGUGUGGUCUGUAGGAUGCAUUCUCGCCGAACUGCUCGGCGGUAAGCCCUUCUUCAAGGGUCGCGACUACGUUGAUCAGCUGAACCAAAUCCUGCACUACCUGGGUACACCAAGCGAGGAAACCCUCGCGCGCAUCGGCUCGCCCCGCGCCCAGGACUAUGUCCGUAACCUGCCCUACAUGCAGAAGAUCUCGUUCCAAUCCCUCUUCCGGAACGCCAAUCCUGACGCGCUGGACCUCCUAGACCGCAUGCUCGCCUUUGAUCCCUCGCAACGUAUCUCCGUCGAAGAAGCGCUCGAGCACAGGUACCUGCAGAUAUGGCACGAUGCGUCUGACGAGCCGUCGUGCCCCACCACGUUCGACUUCCAGUUUGAAGUUGUCGAAGAAAUCCCCGACAUGAAGAAGAUGAUCCUCGCGGAAGUCCACCGUUUUAGGCAAAUGGUCAGAGUACAGCCUGGCGCUGGCGCCGGUGGUCAGGGACAGCAACAGAAUCAGCAGGUCCCGAUACCAAACAACCAAGACCGCGGGGGCUACGAGGAUCCUAGGCCGCAGGAGGCGUUUAAUCAGGGUGGGUGGCAGGGAAGUGACUUGGAGAGGGACCUGCAAGGCAAUGGCACUGCGGCCGCUGAGAAGCCCCGCAAGAAGGCGAAGAAGGAGCACACACCAGAGCCUGAGGUCGAAGCGGCCGAGGAUGAUGUUGAGAGUGCAGAUGAGGAGGUCGAGGAGCAGGUAGACGACGAGGAAGAGGUCGAGGAAGUCGAGGAAGACGAGGAGCAGCUCAACACAGAGCUCAAGCAAAUUGUUGCAAAGGCCACGGGCGCAAACUCGGAGGAACUGCCUUCGGGCACCUCGAUACCUACCGUCGAAGACCCGCAGCUGUUCUCAGAGCUGAAUCUCUCCGACCGCACAAUGGAGGCUAUCAAAGCUAUGGGCUUCGAGAGCAUGACGGAGAUUCAGCGCAAGACGAUCCCGCCGCUUUUGAGUGGAAAGGACGUUCUCGGAGCAGCCAAGACUGGUAGCGGAAAGACGCUCGCCUUCCUAAUUCCCGCGAUUGAGAUGCUGUCGUCGAUGCGAUUCAAGCCACGCAACGGCACGGGAGUUAUUGUCGUGUCGCCCACCCGAGAACUCGCGCUUCAGAUCUUUGGAGUCGCCCGCGAGCUGAUGGAGAAGCACUCGCAGACAUUCGGUAUCGUGAUUGGUGGCGCAAACAGAAGGGCAGAGGCAGAGAAGCUUGUCAAGGGCGUGAACCUGCUCAUCGCGACUCCAGGUCGUCUUUUGGACCACCUGCACAACACCCCAGGCUUUGUGUUCAAGAACCUGAAGAGUUUGAUCAUCGACGAAGCGGAUCGUAUUUUGGAAGUCGGUUUCGAGGAUGAGAUGAAGAGCAUCAUCAAGAUUCUCCCCAACGACAGACAGACGAUGCUGUUCUCUGCGACACAAACCACCAAGGUCGAGGAUCUGGCGCGCAUCUCGCUCAAGCCUGGACCGAUGUACAUCAACGUCGAUUACCGCAAAGAGCACUCCACAGUCGAGGGGCUGGAGCAGGGCUACGUCAUCUGCGACUCGGACACGCGAUUCAGGCUCCUAUUCAGCUUCCUCAAGAAACACCAGAAGAAGAAGGUCAUUGUCUUCUUCUCCAGCUGCAACUCGGUCAAGUUCUACGCAGAGCUGCUCAACUACAUCGACCUGCCUGUGCUGGAACUACACGGCAAGCUCAAACAGCAAGCCCGCACAAACCGCUUCUUCGAGUUCUGCAACGCCAAGUCUGGUACGCUGAUCUGUACCGAUGUCGCGGCGCGAGGUCUCGAUAUCCCAGAGGUGGAUUGGGUUAUCCAGUUUGAUCCGCCUGACGACCCGCGCGACUACAUCCACCGCGUGGGACGAACAGCCAGAGGUUCAGACGGCAAGGGCAGGAGUCUGAUGUUCCUGCUCCCCUCUGAAAUCGGCUUUCUGAAGCUGCUGAAAGAAGCGCGCGUCCCUCUCGUCGAAUUCGAACUGCCCGCAAACAAGAUUCUGAACAUCCAAUCCCAGCUCGAAGCCCUCAUCUCCAAGAACUACUACCUCAACAAAUCCGCAAAGGACGGAUACAGAUCGUACCUCCAGGCGUACGCGUCGCACAGCCUGCGCUCCGUGUUCGACGUGCAUAAGUUGGAUCUGGUCAAGGUCGCGAAGAGCUUCGGCUUCUCCACGCCGCCUAGGAUCGAUAUUAGUCUCGGAGCCAGUCUGGGGCGCGAUAAGAAGGAGGAGGGGCGCAGGCCGUAUGGGAGCCAGCCGCAGCAGGGGAGAAGGCCGCAGCAGGGGAGAAGGCCGAUGAAACCUAAGCGGUUCUGA